AUGCCCAAGUAUCAACCCCGGAAAGAAGAAAUGGUGAGCAGCAGCAACAAUGGCAAUGGUGACAAAGACGGGCAUGUGACACUUAAUUAUCCUAUGUUGUCAAAAACAAAUUAUGGGGCAUGGGCGAUCAAGAUGCGAGUUUUUAUGAUGGCUCAAGGUGUUUGGGAUGCAGUGGAACCCAGAACCGCCAAUACUCUUGUCGAAGCAAAGAAGGAUAACAUGGCCUUGGCUGCAAUCUAUCAGGGAAUACCUGAAGAUUUGCUCAUGACGUUGGCGGAGAAGAAGACGGCCAAAGAAGCGUGGGAAGCUCUUAAAAUCAUGUUUGUUGGUUCAGAUAGAGUGAAAGUGGCCAGAAUCCAAACACUGAAGGUUGAGCUCGAAGCAUUGUGCAUGAAAGAGACGGCGAGUAUUGAUGACUACACCGGAAAAGUAGUCAACAUUGUGAGUACUUUGCGUACUCUGGGGGAUAAAGUAGAAGAAUCUCACGUAGUGAAGAAGCUACUGAGAGUUGUGUCACCAAAAUUUCUUCAAAUUGCCUCAACACUUGAGCAAUUCGGAGACUUGGAAACAAUGCUCGUUGAAGAGGUGAUCGGAAGACUCAAGGCCUAUGAAGAACGAAUGAAGGGUGCGGGUGAAAGUGACGAUCGAAAGCUUCUGUUAACUCACAAGGAAUGGUCCGAAAGAAGCAAAAGGAAGCAAGAAGGUGAUCCAAAACAAAAAUCAAACCGGGGUGGCUUCGGAGGUUCUCGUGGCGGCCGUGGCAGGGGCAGAGGAAGAAAUGGCGGUGGUCGUGGUGGUCGUGGCAGAAGUGGGUCGCACCACCAGAAAGACGGAGGUCAAAUCGCUUCGGGCAAUCGUGAUAAAAGUGAGGUUCAAUGUUACAACUGCUAG